AUGAUUGUUAUCAUACUGUGUCCUAUUGAACUACCCUCCUGGAUUCUAAGGCCCCUCUUCACUAUAUCCACUGGAAUCCUCAUCCAUCUCUCCUCUGACGAUUCCAUUCUCUCCAACCCUAUUCUCACUUACAUCGGGGAUAUCUCUUACUCUCUAUACCUAAUCCACUGGCCAUUGUAUGCCCAUUGGAAGUUGGUACUAAGUCAUGGAGAAGCUGUCAAUCAGGAAUUGCUCACUGUGUUUUUGAUAUCGGUUAUGUUGGCGGUUUUCAGUUAUGAGUGGUUUGAGAGAUGGUACCUCAAACUAACUGACCAACCUCUUCUUGUGCUUUGCUUCGUCCUCUUCACAGUCAACAUUUGUUUCCUGGAAUUCGAUAAAGUCCGAGAUUACCUUACUGCUCCUGCCAUCGGUUCUCGACUAGAUGGUUUGAAUGAAAACCAAACAAUCAGUUUUGAAGAAGUUGCCAGGAUGCAUCGAGAAUGGCAGAUGCAUGACUUCCGUAAUCUUCACGCGCCUUCAUGUGACUAUGGGGAAUAUACUGGACCACUUGGGGGGUGUAGACAUAAAGGUCUUGAUGAGAAGAAUGGGAAGUUGAAAUUAGUGAUAAUUGGAAACAGCUGGGCAGCUAAUCACGCCAGGAUAAUUUAUGAUGAAUGUGGAAAAAAGGCGAAAAGUAUAGUGCAGUUCUCGUUGACUGGUUGUGAACCAUUAGUGGCUUUCCGAUACAAUACUGAAUUAUGUAUCCCUACCCUUAAGACAUUCGUGGACAUCGUGGAAAAGGAGAAACCAGAUUACCUAUUUUUACUGUCACGCAUGAUCGACACCGGUGACUCACUCUCCUCCAACAGCACUGAGCUAGAAGAUGAUCCAGUGUUUCAAGCAAUGAGGCUUAAUAUGAAUCGACUGGUCAAACAUGUAAAAAGGAAGAUGUUUCUGUUGAAUGCUCUGCCAAUGAUCUGGGAAAAAGCUGUCCCCGAGAUAUUGAAAAAAGUGAAGAAUCGAGAGAAUUUGGUAGAAUUUGAUAAAUCCCUAAUAUCAAUUGACCCAUCUCUCGCCAGAAGUCGCUACUCAAAACUAGUAUCCGAAUGCCCGAAAUGCUCUCUUAUUGACUAUAAACCACUUUUCUACAACAAUUCCACUGAAACAUGGAGAUUUUACGAUGUGGAGAAUAGCGGAUUGACUUAUUUCACACCACAAAACCAUUUAUCUUUUCAUGGAUUGGAACGUGUUAGGAAGGUUUACACGGGUAUUUGUGAUAACUUUGAGCAAUGA